GAAAAACUGGCUGCUUCUGGUUUCCAGACAUAAAUACAAAGCCGAGCCGGUCGGUCAGAGAACCAGAGAGGCACAAAAGGAGAAGCGGAGCACUCUGAGGGGGAUUUUAUACAGAAGAAGACCAAGAGAGUCAGACUCAACCGAAGAAGAGUUUAGACGGCAUGCAAAGUUGUGAAAUUUCCUCAGACAGCACUGAUGAUCCUCUUAGUAGCGGCUUUCGCCCUCAUCGACAGCCUCGAAUAGUAGUAAUUGGUGCUGGCUUGGCUGGCCUUGCUGCAACAAGGGUCCUACUGAAAAACGGAUUCACGGAUGUCACCGUCCUAGAAGCAUCAGACCACAUCGGUGGAAGAGUUCAGAGUGUUAAGAACGGAGAAGCAACUUUGGAACUUGGAGCUACCUGGAUUCAUGGUGCCAAUGGGAACCCAGUUUACCACCUGGCAGAGGAAAAUGGGCUGCUGGAGCACACCACAGACGGAGAGAGGAGUGUGGGACGCAUCAGCCUGUACACCAAGAAUGGCGUGGCUCACUAUCAGACCAAUGUGGGCAAAAGGAUCCCCAAAGACCUGGUGGAGGAAUUCAGUGACCUGUACAAUGAGGUAUAUGAGCUGACUCAGGAGUUCUUCCAGAAUGGGAAACCAGUUUGUGCAGAGAGCCAGAACAGCGUCGGCGUUUUUACUCGAGACCUGGUGCGCAAGAGGAUUAUGGUGGACCCUGAUGAUUCUGAAAGCACCAAGAAGCUCAAACUCUCGAUGCUUCAACAGUACCUCAAGGUGGAGAGCUGUGAGAGCAGCUCUCCCAGCAUGGAUGAGGUGUCUUUGAGUGAGUUUGGAGAGUGGACAGAGAUCCCUGGCGCACAUUAUGUCAUUCCUGAAGGCUUCAUGAAGAUUGUGGACCUCCUGGCCCAGGACAUCCCAUCUCACACCAUUUGUCUUUGCAAACCAGUCCGCUGCAUCCACUGGAAUUACUCAGCACAGCAUCGAGAAGUCAUCGGCAAGGGCAGCCAUGUCAAGAUGGAGGACAACCACAACGACAACAACCACAGCCACCAACGUAACGAGGAACCCCUGAUCCUGGGUCAGCCCAUUUGGGUGGAGUGCGAGGAUGAGGAGUGGAUCCCAGCAGACCACGUCAUCGUGACGACUUCCCUCGGCGUGCUGAAGCAGAACCACGAGGCCAUGUUCUCUCCAUCUCUUCCCGAAGACAAGGUGCUCGCCAUCGAGAAGCUGGGCAUCAGCACCACUGAUAAGAUUUUCCUAGAGUUUGAGGAGCCCUUCUGGAGCCCAGAGUGCAACAGCAUCCAGUUUGUGUGGGAGGAUGAAGCUCAGCUCGAACAGCUGGCCUACCCCGAAGAUUUGUGGUACAAGAAAAUCUGCAGUUUCGAUGUCCUCUACCCACCAGAGCGCUAUGGCUACAUGCUAAGCGGCUGGAUCUGCGGCCAAGAGGCGCUGCACAUGGAGCGCUGCGAUGACGAGACAGUGGCUGAAACCUGCACCAAGCUGCUGAGGCGCUUCACAGGGAAUCCUGACAUUCCAAAACCCAAGCGUAUCCUGCGCUCAUCUUGGGGCAGCAACCCCUACAUCCAAGGCUCCUACUCCUUCACCAGGGUCGGGUCCAGUGGACAAGACUGUGAAAGGCUGGCCAUGCCUCUGCCUUAUGCUAACAGCACCAAGGCUCCAGUAAGACAACUGAACAAACCGCUGCAGGUCCUAUUUGCAGGAGAGGCCACCCACAGAAAGUACUAUUCCACAACACACGGUGCUUUGCUCUCAGGGCAAAGAGAGGCCACUCGCUUGAUGGAGGUGUACCAUGACCACAAAGCCUAAUAUAAUCUAUAUAAAGAUAUUGAGCCUCCAACUAGUGAAAAAAUUACAAACCAUUGACUUAAAACUUUCUGUCUUAACGAUUAGGUUCCAUGUAUAAGCAUAGCUCGGGCAUUAUUACACUGAUAAAUGAGUAUUUUUCACGUACUGUAGGUUUUAAAUCAGCUUAAUUUCAUUUUAAAUGUUUUGUUUAAACAGUUAUCAACGGUGCUGUAAUUUCUUGUCUUGGCCAUUCUUUCAUGAUGCUGUUACUGUUUUUUUUUUCUAUAUCAGGAAUUUAAUGUUCAUAGCAGCAACAUCUUUAAUUUACCUUUUUAUAAGUGCCUUCUGUAUUUAAUAUCAUGUUUCUUCAAAAAUAAUGGAGAUAAUUAACAAAAAUUGUGCAAAUUUUAACAAAAUAAAAGUUCUAUGCUCA